GUAAAUCCUCCCUGUUAACAGACAAAGUCCAGGAGGAGAUUGAGAGUGUGAUUGGGAGGGAGCGCCCCCCGCAGGCCGAGGACAGGAAGAGCAUGCCCUACAUGGACGCCGUGCUGCACGAGAUCCAGAGAGUGGGCAACGUGGUGCCCAUGAACCUGCUGCACGAGACCACAGGGGACACCACCUUCCGGGGGUACAGGAUACCCAAGGGUACCCCAGUGAUCCCGCUGCUCUCCUCCGUGCUCUCUGAUAAGACACAGUGGGAGACCCCUCACCAGUUCAACCCCAACCACUUCCUGGACGCGCAGGGCAAGUUUGUCAAGAGAGACGCCUUCAUGCCCUUCUCAGCAGGUCGGAGGGUGUGUCUUGGAGAGACCCUUGCCAAGAUGGAGCUCUUCCUCUUCUUCACCAUGCUCCUGCAGAAGUUUCACUUCCGUCCUCCCCAGGAGGUCAGCCCUGAGCAACUGGACCUCACCCCCACUCCUGGCAUCACCUCCAGCCCCCAGCCCUUCCAACUGUGCGCCCUGAGCCACUGUGAGACCCUGUGAUACUGUGACCCUGCCUUACUGCAUCUGCUAGACCUUACUACAGCCACUGACCCCUCACACUGGACACUUCAGCCACUGAGACCCCUCAGCCAAAGAGACCCAACCUUACUGCAGCCAUGAGAACCCUCAAA